AUGGAGGCUCUACUAUCUGUAUCAUUUGACAAUCUCUCAUCCUAUGAUCAGACCAAAAUACGCAAAGGUCUACGACAGGUUGAAGGGCUCCUUGCACAAAUAUGUCUCUCACCAUCUAACGCGAACCAUCAUUCUGUCCUGGAGCCGAAGAAGGAGGCUACACCGCCUAACAAAUCACUGACUGAGCUCGUAUACGAUCCGGCCUUUAGAGAGUUUUUCAAACUACAAGACGGAUUUGAGUGGAAUGUCGCUAUCCGCCUCGUAAACUGUCUGGACCGGCUGCUCGGAAAGAGUCAUGACGGUCAAAACGACCUAUUAAUCGUGCAGACCUUGAACUUGAUCCAGGGCAGCUUGAUGUUACAUCCAGCGAGCAGGACUCUAUUUUCUCGAGAACUACAUAUGAAUCACCUACUCGAUCUUUUGGAACCGAUCAACUGUCCUGCUAUCCAGUCAGCCACCAUUAUUACCCUUGUCUGUGCCCUAAUCGACACGCCGCAGAACACGCGCACGUUUGAGAAUCUCGAUGGUCUCCUGACCAGUACGUCCCUCUUUCGCUCGCGCGAAACCAGCCGCGAAGUGAAGCUGAAGCUGGUUGAAUUCUUCUACUUCUACCUCAUGCCCGAGACUCCGUCGAUUCCAUCGGCUAAAAACACCAAUUCAGCCCCGGAACUCCUACAGCGCAGCCCGAGCAAGCUUGUCAGCGCGUUCGGCCACAUGGAUACCAACGCGAGGAAGAAACUGGGCGCUGAUGGCGAUUUCACAAAGUCAACCGAAGAUAAGCAAAACCUCCUAGGUCAGUACAUACACAACGUAGAUGAUUUAGUGGCAGACUUGCGGGAGAGCGCUCCUUUUGGUGGCGCAAUUAUCUGA